ACUUGAUAUAACAUUUUUUUUUACUGAUAAAUCGUUUUUAAAAUAAAUAAUUGUGAUAUCAAGAACAGCAAUCCCUAUAAAUAUUAGUCGAAGUAAAGCAUAGUAUUUCAAGUUCUAUCCCUUUAUUGUCUAGUUUGCUCUAUCGACAGCUUGCUAAAUACGAAAGUCAUAUUACAUUGUAGGUCUUCCUACAGCUCUCCCGCUCCAGCUAAGUCACUCGUGUUCGAUAUCGGUAUCGGAUUACCUUGGUGCUGUGGUACGGUGCGCACCGUGACGAAAACCGGUCCAGAUUCUUACUACGAACAUCGUGUGUCUUAGUACCGCGGCAUUGCAAGUGAACAAUAUGAAUCCUGCAAGUGUAACGUCGUGGAAAAACGGAAAUUCGGGGCUGUCGUUGUUCUUUGCUACUCUGUGCGUCAUUGAUAUUUUCGGCGUAUUCCCGAUAAUUGCGUUACCACGAUCGAUCGUCCAGUGCGGGUUGUACGGAAUCCCUUUGGUGCUCGUUGUCUUUGGUUUGCAAAUUUACACGGCCAUUCUACUGGGGAGAUCAUGGAUUAUCGCGACUGCUCUGGAUCCGCAGAUUUCACAAAAAAAUCGCUAUCCUCUCGCCGCCGUGACAGAAUUAACGAUGGGACAGCACGCACGGUUUAUCGUCACUUUGUUUUUGGAUUUAACAGUUUUUGGUUGUGGCAUUCCGAAUUUGUUAGUCGCUUCGCAGAAUUUGCACCUGUUCGGACUUAAGGUAUCAGGACAGCGUUUCGAUCUUUCUUUCUGUUAUUGGCUGUUAAUAGUCGGUCUUUUACUUUGUCCGUUAAUGUGGCUGGGCAGUCCGCGAGACAUGAAAUUGGUCGCAAUGUGUUCUAGUAUAAUAGUUACUUUAACAGCAAUAUUAAUAUGGUGGAGCAUUGUAACUGACGACCGAGCAUUUAAUGUUACACCAAUUACCACUUCACCGACAUGGGAUAAAUUUAUUUCCGGGUACGGUAUGCUAGCUUUUCAAUUCGACGUGCAUCCUACUUUAAUGACCGUACAAGUUGACAUGUGUCGUCCUCGAGACAUCGAUAAAGCCAUCUUCUUUUCUUUUAUAGCAAGCGGAUCGUUGUUCAUCGUUACUGUUUGUUUGGCCGCAUGGAAAUAUGGUGGCAAUAUAACUGCCAAUAUUCUGGAAGCUGUGCCAUCUGGAUCGGUUGCGAACAUCGCUAUUCUAUUAGCCGCUCUUCAAUUAUGCUUUUCCAGCGUAAUCGGCUAUUCGGCGCUUUUUCAACAUCUGGAAGACCAAUGGAGCAUACACAGAACUUUCGGAUGGAAACGAUGCGCCAUGAGAUCAGCGGUGGUUUUUCUCAGUGUGGUUGUAGGCGAAUCGGUACCGCGAUUUGACAUCGUCAUGGCUCUAAUUGGUGGAUCGUUGACCGGAUCAUUGGUUUUUGUUUUACCACCUCUGAUAUACACCCGAGCAUUAGCUUUGAAGAAACAGUCGAAUCAUGCCGAGGAACAGAUCUAUCCAGGUUCUCGCAAAAGAUUCAAUGGCGAAGAACAGUACUUGAUGGAUCCUGAAGCUCAUUCCCGUUCAAUUUACUAUGGUUUCUUAAGUGCCACGAAUAAUUCUCGCAGCUAUACGUAUCUCUAUUUCGAUAAUUUGGAUGAAGAGACAAAUUCACAUUCGAAUGAAUUCGACGGUUAUUACAAGGACGAACAUAAAGAUGAAGUCACUCAAAUUCCAAUGACUAGUACUUGUCAGGAAGAUCAGCCACUCCUUAUAGAUGCCACAGAGCCAACCAAAAGUCGAAUCAGGAAGUUUAUGAAUGAUUCGCAAGAACAGACCGCAGGAACGGUUGUAAAGAGGAAAAAUGUAUGGAAUCUGGAAAAGGCAAUUAAUUACUUCGACUAUUUUAUAGUAACGAUAGGUAUAGUAAUCACGCUGUCUUCGACAUAUGUCAAUAUUUGGAAUACUAUACGUUAUGUGCGUUUUACGCCACCGUGCAUCAUUAACGCUACCAUGGGAUAA